AUGGAGUCGUUGUCAUCCUCGUCGUCGUCUUCGGUAUCAACUCCGCUAUUACGCGGUAAUUUUACCAUGGAAAGCCUGAGUAUCAGCGAACCAGCUGAUUGCGAUGACGAGCAGGAUUUCACAUUUCGUUAUCCGAGCUAUAUGUAUCCCGACGUGGAGUACGACAAGAACGAUGUACCCAUAUCCUUUAGGGCCACACCAGACUCACUUUUUAAUCUCUGCGCCGCUGUAGUGGAUGCCCAGGGCCGUACCGAGGUCUUUAAGUGGAACAUAAAUGAUGUCGCCAACUGGCUUAUUGAUUUUGGCUAUCCAGAGUAUGAGCAAACCUUCCGAGAGAACUACAUCGAUGGUCACAAGCUGCUCAAUCUGGACGCCAUCGCUUUGGUGGCUCUUAAUAUACGGGACUUUGAGCACAUUCGUCAUUUGGGUCGCGGCAUCCGAGCACUUUAUCGUAAGGAGCUGCAAACGGCAACGGAGACAAAGCAGCAGAGCGAGGUCUAUAAAUCCUUUCGAUCCCGCACUGGACGCAACUACGAGGGACUGCGUGAGACGGAAUUGCUGGGACGCAUGCAUAUGCUCCGAUCAGUCUUUCAGGAUCUUAAUGAAUGGGAUCUAAUGGAUUUGCACAUGUCACGCACUCCGGUACGUCGAUAUCGUGAGGUGGUUGCCGGUUCCAGGCGUUAUAAUUUAUACGGACCGUCGACUGCACGCAGGGAACCAAUUAUGGUGGACGAUGUCGAUACAACAACAUGGUAUAAUUUUGGGGGUUGCUAUUGAGUGGCCGUUUAACAGAUGCGAAGCCCACCAACAAAUUCGAAUCUACUCAAAAACUUUUUUUAAUUGUUAAAGCUUAAACUUCAAUAUCUUAAAUU